CAGCGGCGGGUGUGAGAGUCGGUCAGGAGCCGCUUCCAGGAUACUGAGAUCCGGAGAAGCCGGGGUCAGAGCGGCUCCUCAAGAGUUACUGAUCUAUGAAAUGGCAGAGAAUGGAAAAAAUUGUGACCAGAGACGUGUAGCAAUGAACAAGGAACAAUAUAAUGGAAACUUCACAGACCCUUCUUCAAUGAAUGAAAAGAAGAGGAGGGAUCGGGAAGAGAGGCAGAAUAUUGUCCUGUGGAGACAGCCACUCAUUACCUUGCAGUAUUUUUCUCUGGAAAUCCUAGUAAUCUUGAAGGAAUGGACCUCAAAAUUAUGGCAUCGUCAAAGCAUUGUGGUAUCUUUUUUAUUGCUGCUUGCUGUACUUAUAGCUACGUAUUGUGUUGAAGGAGCACAUCAACAGUAUGUGCAACGUAUAGAGAAACAAUUUCUCUUGUAUGCCUACUGGAUAGGCUUAGGAAUUUUGUCUUCUGUUGGGCUUGGAACAGGGCUGCACACCUUCCUCCUUUAUCUGGGUCCACAUAUAGCUUCAGUUACAUUAGCUGCUUAUGAAUGCAAUUCAGUUAAUUUCCCUGAACCACCUUAUCCUGAUCAAAUUAUUUGUCCAGAUGAAGAGAGCAUUGAAGGAACCAUUUCUUUGUGGAGCAUCAUCUCAAAAGUUAGGAUUGAGGCCUGCAUGUGGGGUAUCGGUACAGCAAUUGGAGAGCUGCCUCCAUAUUUCAUGGCCAGGGCAGCUCGCCUCUCAGGUGCUGAACCAGAUGAUGAAGAGUAUCAGGAAUUCGAAGAAAUGCUGGAACAUGCAGAGACUGCACAAGACUUUGCUUCCCGGGCUAAACUGGCAGUUCAAAACCUAGUACAGAAGGUUGGAUUUUUUGGAAUUUUGGCCUGUGCUUCAAUUCCAAAUCCUCUAUUUGACCUGGCUGGAAUAACAUGUGGACAUUUUCUUGUACCUUUUUGGACUUUCUUUGGUGCAACUCUGAUUGGAAAAGCAAUAAUUAAAAUGCAUAUCCAGAAAAUCUUCGUUAUAAUAACAUUCAGCAAACACAUAGUGGAGCAGAUGGUGGCUUUCAUCGGUGCUGUCCCCGGCAUAGGUCCAUCUCUGCAGAAGCCAUUUCAGGAAUAUCUGGAGGCCCAGCGGCAGAAGCUUCACCACAGAAGUGAGAUGGGCACACCGCAGGGAGAAAACUGGUUGUCCUGGAUGUUUGAGAAGUUGGUCGUUGUAAUGGUGUGUUACUUCAUCCUGUCCAUCAUUAACUCCAUGGCACAAAGUUAUGCCAAACGAAUCCAGCAGCGGUUGAACUCAGAGGAGAAAACCAAAUAAGCAGAAAAAGGUUCUAAUGGCAGAAAUGAGAAAUGAGUUCUGCCUUAAAUUGGGAGGACUCCAAACCAGGAAGGAAAAUACCCUUUUCCACCCUAUAUCAAUUUAAAAAAAAAAAAAAUGUUUUGUUUUGUUUUCUGAAAACAGUUUAGUCCAUAUUUUGCACUGACACACUUUUCCUUUGUGUGUUAAGGUAAGGUAUCCACCCUCAAUUCAAUCCAGCUUGUGUUUUAUUCAGGUGGAAUGUGAUGUUCAGCAGCGAACUUAACAGAAACCGGGCUUUUCUUUGUUACUUUCAGAAGGCCCACGUGGUACAAUUAAAGAAUUCCGGACACCAAAAACUAGUUCCUAAGUAUGUUGAGUAUGUCAAGCCUUUUAGGCUUGUCAGAAAUGACUCCUUUGUUUUUCUAAGUCAUUAAAGUGUGUAUAAAUUAUACUAGAUUGGAUAACGGUCUUGCAUGUCUAUCAUGGUAAAAUUUAUUUAAUCCUGCCCAACCCUUCCUCUCCUACCUUAAAAAAAAGGCCAUCUUAUGAUGCAUUGCACACCCUCUUGGGAAACUGAUCUUUAAAUUUUGAGACAGUAUAAGAAAAUUCUGAUUGGUGUCUCACGAAUGAGCUGACACCAUUUUUUAUUCUGUAUAUUUAGAAUGAAGUCAUGAACAAACUUUAUAAAGACAUCUUUGAUCAUUCCAAAA